ACUACCUUCCUCACGAGCCCUCCCUCCCUCCUAGCUCGUCGACCCCUAGGGCCGCCGGCGGCGGCGGCCAGGCCACCCAACCCAACCCAACCCAACCCAACCCAACCCAGAGAUAGCUCCGCCCGCAUCGCCCACCCCGAACUCUAGUUGCGUAGCAAGGGAGCAAACGGCAGGCUUGGAGGCACCGAGGAUCCGCCCCGCCCCCGAGUUGCUAUCUGCGUGCUGCAUCCUACGGACUAUUACCAUACUGUUCGGGAUUUGAAGGAUUAUACUCACAAGGGAUGCUUUCCAGGGAGAUAUCAGGCAAACCUGUAGGUGGUGCAACAUGUGCGACCAAUCAAUCAAGGCCCCUGUGUUGCUGGUACCGGAUUCAUGAAUAGUCCACAGGUUGAUUACACCAGUAAUCUACUAGCUUCUAACAGUGGGAGAGACAUUCUGGGAGCAAAUCAAGUGGACCAGAUGGCAGUGCACCAUGAGGGACAAUAUUUAGACACCCAUGCUGGAUUUAUGAAUGGUCUACAUGUUGAUUACACCAUUAAUAACACUGAGAGUUCUGGAUACAAUCCUCCUGCCGGAAUACAGAUGGAUAUACCGUCCAACACGUAUCCUAUGAAUGACGACAUGUCUUAUAUGCCAUCGGAAAUUAACAUGUUUGGUGGACAAUAUUCUCAUGCAAAUGCCAUGCCAAUCCAGAGAGACUACUGCGAUACUUCGUUUUGGAAUAGUAACAUGCAUGCUCCAAUCCAGGAUGCCAUGACUAGUUACAGUCAGCCAUCCAUUCAUUCUGCUGCAUCUCUGGAAGAACCUUUUCAUCAGCUCCUAUUAUCAGAAUACAACUCAAUGCCCGAGCCUGGUGGACAAAAUUCUCAUGCUGAUGGGAUGUCAACCCAGAACUACCACUACUACAAUCCUUAUUGAGAGUUUCGAGAUUGUGAUGUGCUAUAUGAGUAUGUGGAUUAUCAUGUUUUUCUUGAAUAAUCGUGUCCUAGGAACACGUGCUGCUUGCUUGUGGAACAACCUCUAAAUUCAUGUACUCCCUCCAUUCAUUCCAAAAUGUAGUGUAUAUUUUGUUUCCUAAAAUUUCAAACCUUUCUAUGUUUGACCAAAUUUAAUGAAAAAUAUACCAACAUCCAUAGUAUAAAAUUAGUAUCAUCAGAUUCA